AUGGAGCACUGUAAAUCAGCACGCGGAGUGGAAAGCCAAGAACAACAAUCUCAAUCCGAGAAAACCACUGAACACGUCCCAGUCUGGCGACUCAUACAAGAAGAGUUCAAGACAAACCAAGAACCAUCUGAAUGUAUCAAAAAGUUCCUGGAUGACCUGAGGAAGCUUGAUCCAAUUUGUCACAUGAGAACACCACCACAGUGGCCCCUGAAGGUCCAUCUUUUUAUGGACAAGAUUGUAGUUGACCUGUCCGUUAAAGAUCUCAUCUGCCUUUUCUUUGAUAUACCCUGGAUUCACCCUGGAAACGUCAACGCCCUCUAUGCCAUUGAACAAUCUAAAGAGAAAGCGGACAAGAUCCCGAGAAACAAUUGCGCUCACAUGGUCAACCCACUGAACGACGUUCCUGAGGGAAACAAGAGAGUUUGUUUCAUGUUUGAAGCCUUCAACUAUACUCAGCCAAGCGUGCUCGAUAAUGAGUUGGAGACGUUUUUCGCUGGAAUUAAGAAGGCUCUGAAUGAUCAAGGGGAAGAAGGUCGACAAAAGACUCUUCCGAUUGAAUGGAAACGUUGUUACGUGUUUAUGGUUGAAAAGAUCCAGAAUAUAGCAAACUGGGAUAAAUCGCCAAGCAACAUCGGAGCUAUACCUCUUGAGAGCUCACCUUCUUCUUCUCCAAGUUGA